GCGCUGUUCGAAAAUAGUCAACUAAAGAAACGCGCGGAAUCAGGACGUUGUUGUUAUUGUGGCGCGCUGAUAAGACAGUAACUUUCUGGUAACGUCGGAUUUGUUACUAACAUGAUGCCCAAUACUAAGAAAAGGAAGCACUCUUUAGUUGAUUCUGAUGGUCACUCAGCCAAAAGGCCUGUCACGGAUGGAGUUUCCCCCCUGAGAAGAAAGUCACCUCGGACGCCCCAGACUCCACUAAAGAUGUCAUCCAGAAACCGGGAGAAGGAGAACUGCCCCUCUCCUUUAAAGGCAGUGUCUCCCUUCAAUCCUACUGUGGUUACCGGAUCCUUCUAUGCAAAACGUAAACCGCUGUAUCUAACACCCGUGGAGAGGAAGAUGCUGAAUGAGACCAAAUCACCUCCAAGACAAACCGCUGUAGAUCCGUAUGGAAUGCCAAAGGCUGCUGAGAAGAAACAGCUGAUGAUAAAAAGUACAAUGGCCAAGAAAAUGGUUAAUAUACACAGAAGGAAGACUGAGAUAAAGGGCAAAGCCAACUCAAAAACAAGCCUUAUCAAUUCCUCAAAGCCUAAUGUUCCAACCAGCACAAACCAAGCAGAGGUGAAAAAAGGUGUCACCUUGACCUUUUGUGGUUUAAAACCUAAGCCCAAGCCUAAAAUCUUUGUUGGGGCUGCCUUUUUCAGCACUGGUAAAAAAACAGCCACCAUGUACAAAAAGCCCAACCCAAAAUCUAUGAAGCGAGCUUUCUGUUUGUCCAAGACAAAAGCCUUGGAUUCUACAUCAGAGGAAAAGCAAGACCAAGGGAAAAAAUGCACCUCUACACUGAAAUUUUCGGUGCUGGAUAAGAAACGGCAAGAAGAGCCCAAAUCACCACCCAAUGUUCCUGCUGUGCCAAGAAAUCUGGAGUCACCCAUGGCCUUGUUGCCCAGAGCCAUAUCAGAGAAGUACAAAAUCAAGGAAUUAAGGAUUAUGUUGAACAGAUCUCUGUCUCCAACAUGUCCAGCAUCCCCAGAAUUAAAAACUCCGGAAGACUUUACCGGAGAUGUAGGUUCUGCUGACAUGCUUGAUCUAUGUGAUAUUAGCUCAUUGAACAGUGCCCGAGGACCACUUAAAGAAUCUCCAGCUGAUGCUGUAGAAUCCUCAGAUGUGUAUCCAAUAUUUGGAUCUGCUUCUAAAAGGCCCCUCAGGAAAGCAUCUCUGGUGACCUGCAGCACACCCUCUGCCCAUGCUCACCACCUUCCCUCUGUUGCCAAGGAGAGAAGUGCCAGGAAGAAGAGGGAGACUAAUAAACAAGCUGAAGCUGACAACCAACUCAUCAUUGAUGCAGGCCAGAAGCAGUUUGGUGCCACCACAUGUGGUUCCUGUGGCAUGAUCUACAGUGCAGACAGCCUGGAAGACAACCUCCAGCACACCCAGUUUCACCAGCGCUUUCUGGACAGUAUUAAGUUUGUGGGCUGGAAGAAAGAGAGGGUUGUAGCAGAGUUCUGGGAUGGGAAAAUCAUUCUGGUUCUACCUGAUGAUCCAAAAUAUGCUGUCAAAAAGGCUGAAGAUGUGAGGCGACUUGCUGAUAAUGAGUUGGGCUUCCAACAAUUGUCCCUCAGUUGCCCAAGCCAAGCUAAAACCUACCUGUUUGUGAACAGUGACAGGAUGGUGGUUGGGUGCCUCAUUGCAGAGCACAUACGACAGGGAUUCAGAGUGCUAGAGCAGAAAGAGCUGACAAAGGAUAUGACCAAGGAGGACUUCAUGGAGCACCACAGAGCCUGGUGCUGCUCUACUACCCCCGAGAAGGCCAUCUGUGGGGUCAGCCGAAUCUGGGUGUUCAGCUUGGCUCGGAGGAAGGGCAUUGCCACACGCAUGCUGGACACGGUUAGAAAUUCCUUUAUAUAUGGGAGCCACCUGACUAAGGAGGAGAUCGCGUUCUCGGACCCUACCCCAGACGGCAAACUGUUUGCCACAAAGUACUGCGAGACACCUGCAUUUAUGGUUUACAAUUUCAUUGGUUAAAUUGAAGGACAAGUUGGGACACGUUUAAAUGAUGUUAUACUUUGAGAAAGUUCUGAUCAAUAUUGCCAGCGUUUGAGAUGUUUAAAUCAAAGGAAAAUGUACUCCUGUUGUAGGAUGUUUUGUUGAAUGGCUGUUCCAGCUAGAAAAAUAUUACACUAUCAAGUGUUAUGUUGAUCUCUUUAAGCUUGUAUAUAUUUCCAAUAAACA